UUUAGCAGGUAUGGAUACCUGCCCCCUCCGGAUCCCCACACAGGAAAGCUGCAGACUAAAGAAGGCAUUGAGAGAGCCAUUAAAGAAAUGCAGCGUUUCGCUGGCCUCAAAGACACAGGCAAACUCGACAGUGACACACUGAAACUGAUGAACACACCACGGUGUUCACUGCCAGACAUUAUAGGGUCUGAGGACAAGCUGAAAAAGCGGAGGAGGAAGAGAAGAUAUGCAACCACUGGGCUUCGCUGGAAAAAGUCUGAAGUCACAUGGAGCAUCCAUAAUUACCCAUCUCUCCCUCCAUUCCUCAAUCCCAGUGAAGUGAACAAUAUUAUGGCCUAUGCCCUUAAAGCCUGGAGUGAUGUGACCAACCUCGAGUUUCGUGCUACAUCCUCAAACAAGCAGGACAAAGCUGAUAUCAAGAUCUCUUUUGGUCGAAUGAACCAUGAAGAUGGGUAUCCAUUCGAUGGGAAGGGAGGGACACUUGCUCAUGCCUUCUUCCCAGGGGAGGCUGAUAUUUCUGGAGAUACACAUUUUGACGAUGAUGAGAGCUGGACCUACAAAGCUGACUGGGGCACUGAUUUGUUUGCGGUGGCUGUGCAUGAAUUUGGUCAUGCCCUGGGUCUCUCUCAUUCCUCCGCUCAUCAUUCCAUCAUGAGGCCGUACUACCAGGGUCAUGUUGGUGAUUACGCAUCCUACAUUCUUCUGGAAGAUGAUCGCUAUGCCAUUCAGUCGCUCUAUGGAAGCAAGAGAAGCACAUCAAAACCAUUCCCAAAUCUUCCCACACCUGCCUUGCCAAAACCACCGAGACCACCUCAGCCCAAACCACCGAGUACACCUCGGCCCAAAGUUCCAAUACAACCUGAUCCAUCAGUCCUGGACCGUUGUAAAGGAGAUUUUGAUGCAGUGGCAAACAUCAGUGGAGAAGUUUUCUUUUUUAAAGGUAUCCGAUGA